AAGCAACCCGUGAUGGACCAUGGCAUGUAUAUAUGUAAUAUAUAAUAUUCAACACACACUACAAACAAGGACAUACACAAACACUGUAUUUAAUCCAUUUACGUUUUACGUAUCUGUGUUUACACUAUUUCAACCGGACAGGCACACUUCUGAUAUUGACCUGUGUGGCGUGCACAAUUCCGGAUAGGAAGGCAUUUUCUUUUCACCGCUGUAAUCGUUCUUGUUCACUAUGAGCUCGGACGAACCCACAAUCAGCCCCUCAUAUAACUACUCUGCGGAGAAGGGAGGAAAGGGCGAUGACCUAGAAAUGGCAACGGCUGCUUCAGAAAACGUUGACAGCCGCCAAGGCGUCACCGACGACAUGAGUCUGGGUGAAGACAAUGUACUACCCCCACACCCCACCGUACCCGCCAAGCCCUCAGGUUUUGUGGGUCAUAUCAAGGCGCUCAUCUUCUCACCACCCGGCUACAAGUUCGGUACCUGGGAUGGCGUCUUCUCGAGUUGCCUGACCAACUGCUUUGGGGUCAUUAUGUUCCUGCGUAUGGGUUUUGUAGCGGGAAAUAUGGGGGUGUGGCAGGCGCUGGGGAUGAUUGGGAGUGUGUUUGUGAUGAGUCUGUUAACCAUUCUCAGCACCGCCGGUAUAUGCAGCACGUGUAGGCUGAGCAAGGGAGGGCUGUACGCGAUCCUCAAGCAGGCUCUGGGCACUCAAGUGGGCGGCACCAUCGGAGUCAUCUACACUCUCGGCUUGGCUACGGUCAAUGCCGUGUACGUGCUGGGUUUCGCCGAGGCCUUCUGCGAGCUGAUUAACGCAGACUCCUCAGAUCUCAACAACCUGCGCAUAGUGGGUGCUAUCACGGAAGUGGUGUGCUUGUGCGUGGUGCUGUUGGGAGUGGAGUUUAUUAUGAAGCUACAGUUUAUCUUCCUGGUCAUACUCAUUGCGGCGCUGUUGAACAUCAUAAUCGGUGGAUUUACCUACCCCACUUUCGGCCAGUUUACCAGCACCAACCUCUCCUCAGACUACAACGAGGGCGAGAACUUCUUCACACUUGUGGGUCUGUUCUUCUCCACAACCACUGGUAUCAUGGCGGGUGCUAAUAUGAGUGGGGAUCUCAGACACCCCUCGGUGGCUAUCCCAGUUGGCACGGUCGCUGCGAUUGCUGUGGGAGAUGCAGUGUACGCCUCUCUUGUGCUGGUCAUGGCCGCGGUGGCCUAUUCCUCGGAGAACGAUGGUAUUGUGGCAGAUGACGGUCUAGGAUACUUGAACUCAAACUUCCUCAUCGCACAAUUCAUCUCCGGGUGGCAGCCACUUUUCCAGGUUGGACUCUACAUCGCUGCUAUCACAUCCAUUCUUGGAGUGUUUGUCCAAGCACCUCGUGUUAUGCAAGGUAUUGGAGAAGACUGCCAAGUACCCGGUAUUCAACAGUUGGGUGUGGGUUUCGGCAAAUCCGAAAUUCCACUGCGCGCGACGUUCUUCACUGGAACUGUCACGUGCUGCUUUGUGAUUCUUGGUAACCUGAACGAGGUCGCUACCAUCAUGACGUGCAUCCUGUGCUUGUCUUAUGCCGCGGUCAACUACGCUUACUUCGCCUUGGCUACUGGUGGUCUGAGAGAAGAGGCACGCAUGAAGCAACUCAAGGCGUACGGCCAACAGACUAUGAACGUCGACACGCGCACUAUGCAGGUGGUACAAAACAUGGCCCAGCCAGUGGAACAGGACUUCCGCAAACCGCCGCAAUGGGUCAUGCGCUUCACCAACCGAUGGGUGUCGCUGCUGAAUUGUCUGUUGCACUUUGUGCUCAUGUUCUUCAUCCAAUGGUGGCUAGGUCUUGUGCUGCUGGUGAUGUGUAUAUUCUUCUACUUGUACAUCGGAAUCCUUAAUAAGGGCAACAAUCGACUGGGAGACGCCGACUUCAGCUUCCGAGAGUGGCUUAACCCUUUGCACCACCCCUCUCGAAAGGGCCAGAACCAGAGACGGCAGGCGGGUGCCGGGCCCACAGUACAGGAUGUGCCUGCUGCCUUUGGCGAUCAAACUCAGGGAAUGCCUUCUUCAGACGACAACAGAAAUGCCGCAGCUGAUGUCUACCCUGCUGAAGAGUAUACACCAGCUUCUGCCCAGCUGUAAUUGUUAUUAAAUCUCAAGAAUCAUCUCAAAAAGAAUCUCACACUCAUUAACACCUCCUGGAAUCCAAUAAAAAUAUUUACAUUCAU